GAUCGGCUAAAAAUAUGAUUUCAUAAACUUAAGUUGAAUUGCUUGCUUGUCCACCAUCAUUGCAAGUUUGAAACUUGAGUAUCAGCCUUGAGAUCGAGCGUGGUUAUUGUCAUGUGGAGAUCCUGGUGCAGCAAACAGGAAAAAGUCGGCAUCCAUCAACGCCGAAUUCGCGCCAUUCAUGUUCUGCGACAGUGGCCGAAAUGAUGGAAAGCCUUUCGAUGAUGGACAAUUAACCAUCGCAACUCUGAUUUGAUCCCCCUCUUCAAGUCAAGACUAUUUGAAAAUAACAAGCAUGUUCAUCCACAUGAUAACCUCGAGUUUCUGAAAGCAGCAGCACGGCUCAAAAAUAAAUAAAGAAAGAAAGAAACAAAUGAACAAGCGUAAGGGAAGUUCGUGUCCUCGAGCAGGGCACAUUUGCUGUGGAUUUUCCAAGAUCACUCGUUCAAUCGAAUGGUUAUGGGGAUUUCCAUCUCGCACUUUUAGCGAGAAGAGAAGUUGCAAGGUUACUGAUGGAAUGCGCAAAUGGCACCAAGAACCUAGUGUUAUGUUGUUUUUAUUGUCGGGGCUGGGUCAUUGGUCUAAUUCUUCAAGCUUCGUGGACCGGUCCAAUGGUCACUCGCCACAUCACCCCCUUAUUUAUACUGUUCAUUUGGGUGCCUGCUAUUCACCGUACAUACGCCUUGGGAUUUGGCCUGGCACACUGGACCUGGGUCUAUGUAAUAUUGCGCGGGUCACUGGGCUGUCCCCAUUUAUUAAGUUGCCCCCAAGAGGGCACGGAGGAAGAAGAAGACGAAGAUGGUGGUGGUUAAUGUGAAGAAGGCGGCGGAUGAGUCGGUAGAGUUCCUUUACGAGUCCUGCUCUUCGACCAUCGACGAGAUCGCCGAUUCCAUCUGCGACAUCUCCGCUCUCCAGUCCAAGAUCCAUACCCUCUCCCGCCUCCUCAGACGCCGUGCCCUUACGGACGACGCUUUCAGAGAAAGUUAUCCAGAUGCCGUGGUUGCUCUGGAGAGAACGUUAUCAGAAGCUGAGGCUUAUGCUUCUAAGGACCAGGUUCAGUACAAACGAUUCUUGUCGCCUUAUGCCCUCGGAGCACAUAUUAAGAGCGUUGAGAAGGAAGUCAAGAAUUCUCAACUGAUGAGCUUGUCUGAUUUAAAUCUCGCACAAUUCUUUUCUGAUAGUGACCAUCAUGAUGGUAUGCAACUAUGGUGGGCUGGAAAGGAACUUGUUAGGGGAAAAAGGUUAUCUGAUUACAUAGGUGAAAAUGAGAAUACAAAGAUUAUCAUCAGAUUGAAGUCAGCUUCCACAGGGAUGUAAGAUUAUACGAAACAUCCAUAUAACAAGUUGCUGUUGCUGACAACUAUGGUGCGGUCAAAUACAUGGAGCAUAUUGUAACUUAUAUCACAUGUUGCCGAGUAUGAUCCUGUCCUGGUUGCAGCUUUUAUCUGCAGACUAAUCAGGAAAAACUCGAAAAAGAUGAGCAAGUGGUAUACAGAAAAGGUUGCAAGGCUGUGUGCUUUUCUUAUGUUCUUUUUCUACCAUGCCAGUAGCCACUUGGGAACAUGCAUUGCAAUAAAGUUCAUGGUCAGACAAGUUGCUUAAUGGAGAAGUUUUGCAACUCUUCAAAGUAUCCGCAGGGAAAAAACAAAAAGCCACUAUGUAACUCUUGAUGUCAUUAAUGUGCUUUAUUUGCUGCAUAUUCCAGCAAUCAUUAUGAAAGAAGCCUUUUAACAUAAUUUGAUGAGCGUAUGUUUAUAUAA